UUUCUACAAUAACUUCUCCAUUCCAGCACAUCUGGGAAAAUGCCCGUCAGUCUAGACAAUAUCAGUUUUUAUGAGCCGCCAAAGAAGUCCGCGCAGGCUCUUUCCUCUCACACAGAGGCUUCACGAAUCGUACUUCCUGUAACGUCCGAUUUUAUUCACAUAAUGUUUCCCAGGAACACAUCUAGCGGUCCCCGAGUCAAUAUUUCUGAGGCAGAGCAAGACCUCGCCAGGUCUUCGUCGUCACCAGAAGUUAUUGGGCAAGCCGGUACAUCGGGCCGGGUCAACUCCGAGCUGGAAGACAAGGGCGCAACCUCUGCGGGUUCAACAAUGGCAAAAUCUACAAAGAUUGAGCCACUGUUAGAACCUUCUACUAUCAAACCGAAUGAUGGAAAAGAGUUCCAUUCACUACAGACACAUGAAGGCGUUCACGAUCAUUCAACUAAAGGGACCUUCCAUGGUAGUGAGGCACCUUCUGGUUUACAUUCGACCCGCCCUCUUCAAGGGCGCCGAAUGCUGUCUUUCGCUAGCAGGACGUUCCCAUCCGAGGUCGAGAGUACCUCAACAAAGUUGCGAGAUCAAGUGUCUGCAUCGACUCGCGACGCAUCCGACCUUCCAGAUAUAAGUACCAGGUGUAUAGAUCGACCAACCACCAUACCCGACACAAUACCUACAGGUGCAAGUACCAACACCAUGCCACAUUCCUCUUCAACAUACUUUGAAGCCUCUAAUCUACUUGUUUCUCAGUCGCAAUCCCGGGAACCCUGUGGUGACGAGCAACACACAUCUGAGAGGCCAUCAAGUCCCGGCAACGUAACGUGCAAUGACACGCCAAUUCGGGCAGAGUCUUGCUUCGAGGACACGGUGUCACUCCCACUAUCUAGGGGACGGGCAACUUCAAUAGAAAUAGCCCCUGAGCUAGCUAGUCAGCGCACUAUUGGAGAUAGCUUGACUAGCAUGAACGCGUCCUUGCGGAAACACUCGCCAGUCCUACAUUGUGAGCCAAUCAGCCCUAAGAGAAUGUGUACCCGAGGCUCUCCGAGGGGCGGUUCCGUAGGCCUAAGAGAGCCAGGCAAUGAGCGGGUGGAUGAAGCACCUUAUGAGGACUUUGAAUUUGACCCAACCCCUUCGGCGGAUCAACAGGGUAAGAAGGAAUUCCGGGUUAGUGGGCAAAGAACGCAUUCCACUCUCGAUCCUUCGCAUGAUCGUUCAAUUCGCGGAACAAGUCACUGCAAAAUAGACCACGCAACAGUUACAAGUGCAAGACUCCCAACUUGUGCGGAAACCUCGAAUCGGUUUGAAGAAUGGUCACUCAGGGACGCAAUAUUGAAGCGAGUCACAGUGGGUGGAGCCUCUACAUUACAAGUCCAGUUUAGCUGGAACCCUGAUCCAGCAACCGACCAUUCCUGUGCUUGUUCCGGUGGGGAGGGAUUCCAACUUUCAAAGAGGGAUCUACAUGGUCCAAUCUUCACGGGUGUGUCUGAACCCAUGACUGGCGGCUCUCCCUCUCCAGAUUAUGAUUGUUUCAUCAUAGACCAAAAGGAGAUAGAUGGGGAAACCUACUUUUUGUGUCGUUGGGACCCCACUUACGAGCAUUCUAGUUUCGUCAGUGACGAAGCAGUUCGAAUCUGGAGGGAGACACAGAAACAGAAAACUCAGACAGUCAACAAAGGAAACACUGAGGAGAAGAAGGCUAACGGUGUUCGAAGGCGAGGACGACCGCGAAAGAACCCGCUGCCUAAGUGAUACUGCACGAAUCAGGAUAAGUCUGCACUCAUUUGAGCAGUUCAUCAUCCCCAAGAAGAACUAAGUCACAGGAAAUAGAUCACAGCCACUUUGGCACAUAAAAUAUUGUAGUUACAGCUGUUUACUAUAGACUUCAUCUUCUGCUCCAUCAUUCGUCGCUACCUGGGUACAUAUUGUCUGUCGAUACAUGGGGGGCUGUAUCUGCCAAGAAAAUACUGUGGCAGUACUGAGAUAUAGUGCAGAAAAUAAAUGUGAAGACAAGGGAUAGAUGAUGAGUUAUCUUUAAGGAAGUAAUUUGUCCC